UCCGUCUACUGUCUGCUCCAUAAAUUCGCCAUUAAAGCUCUUUUUUUUUCUUUCUCUCUCUAUUCUAUAUCCUCUUGGGAUUACAUAUGAGCAAUUCAGAAGAGACUUCAUUCAACACAAAGUCUUCGUUUUCAUUCCUGAUUUUAUGACUUGGCGGGUUUUGUGAAAGCUGCAGCUAUGGAACUGACUUGGGGUUUCUGUCGGAAACAGGCUCUGGUUUUGAUUUCUUGUCUGUUUCUACUCUAUCUCGCCUCCUUGGAUACAAUAUCGAGUGAAUCAUCAGCUCAAAAUGCAAUUGGUUUCAAGAACAGAUCUCACAAAGUUUCUUGCCCUACCAAUUGGGUCCUUGGACCGAACCAAACGAAAUGCUUCGCGUACUUCAGAAACUCCACUUCGUGGGAGAAGUCAGAGACGUUAUGCAUAGCCUCUGGGGGUCACUUAGCAUCGCUUUCAUCCAACAAAGAACUCAGCUUUGUUCAAAAACUAUGUAAUGCAAACGCUACUAGCUGUUGGAUCGGAGGAAGAAGCCUGAACUCUUCUACCGUGGGCUUUAACUGGACCUGGUCCGAUCCCAAGACUCCUCAGUGGAACCAAACCAUGUUUCCUAAAGUGCCGGUUCGUACACCAUGUCGCAAUGGCAGCUCAUCUUGCGGUGCUGACAUAUGUAUGGUUUUGACAAACGGUUCAUUACAAGUCUUUGGUGAAAGAUGUAACGCCUCUCAUGCUUUCAUUUGCUCUGUUGAUUCUGACACCAAAUGUAGUAACUGUCACGGUGAAUAUAAAAUCAUCCUUUUAGUUGUAAGCGGAUUGAUCCUCUUCACCACAUUCGCCAUCAUACUAUGGUUCCUUAUCUACAAACGGAGCAAGAAACGUCGAAAAUCGCGUAAAGUAUCAAGUCCAGCUUUGGUUCCUCCUCCAUCGUGGAAGAUAUUCACAAGCGAGGAGCUCAGAUCAAUGACCAAGAACUUCAGCGAAGCAAACCGUCUCGCCGGGGACGCGAAAACCGGAGGAACCUAUACCGGCGGUUUAUCAGACGGGACCAAAGUGGCGGUUAAGAGGCUGAAACGGUCGAGUUUUCAGAGGAAGAAAGAGUUCUACUCUGAGAUUAAAAGAGCUGCUAAGCUUCAUCACACCAAUGUGGUUGCUAUCAAAGGUUGUUGCUAUGAUCAUGGAGAGAGGUUCAUUGUUUAUGAGUUCAUAGCCAAUGGUCCGCUUGAUAGAUGGCUGCACCAUGUGCCUAGAGGUGGUAGGAGCUUGGACUGGAACAUGAGACUGAACAUAGCCACAACUCUUGCUCAAGGAAUCGCGUUUCUUCACGACAAGGUCAAGCCACAAGUGGUGCACCGUGACAUAAGAGCGAGUAACGUACUGCUUGAUGAGGAGUUUGGAGCUCAUCUAAUGGGAGUUGGUCUCUCAAAGUUUGUCCCAUGGGAAGUAAUGCAAGAGAGAACGGUAAUGGCUGGUGGGACAUAUGGUUACCUCGCACCUGAGUACGUUUACAGAAACGAGCUCACCACUAAGAGUGACGUUUACAGCUUUGGAGUCCUUUUGCUUGAGAUUGUGAGUGGUCGUAGACCGACACAAGCGGUUAACUCUUCUGUUGGGUGGCAGAGUAUAUUCGAAUGGGCUACACCGUUGGUUCAGGCAAACCGGUGGUUAGAGCUUCUUGAUCCGGUUAUAACGUCUGGUUUACCGGAAGCGAGUGUGGUUCAGAAAGUUGUGGACUUGGUUUAUUCUUGUACGCAGAAUGUGCCAUCUAUGAGGCCCAGGAUGUCUCAUGUGGUUCACCAGCUUCAGCUAUUGGUUCCACCAUCAGAGAUAGUAAGCAGUUAAUUUAGUUUAAGCCCUAGAGUAUGUGAAAAAGGGAAAACGCUGUCGUGUUAAAAUAAGCUUUCUAAAAAGUUGUAGGCUUACUGCUUAAACUAAUAGCUUGUGUACCACGUCGAUAUGCAUAAUUAGUUGAACUUAUUCACUAAGGAUAACAGUUUAUGUUUCUAGAUGUGAUCUGGUUCUGUUGUCAUCUUUCAGUUUGGUUCUAUGUUUAUAUAUUGCCUGAA